UGCACACAUUUAAACAGCCGGCUAUAUAAGUAGUUAUUGGCAAAUUACGCAAACGUUUGUUGCUUCUGUUAAUGAAUAGAUAAGAUUGAAUGCGCAAGCGCAAUACGAAAUUUACAACAUGGCGGAACGCAGGAAAAGCAGGAAGCGCAAAGAUGAAGUGUCAAGUACAGAUAAUGAAAUUGUUCAAGAAAAACCAUCUAAAAACGAGUAUGUUAUAGCUAAAUGGAUUCGUAACAAUGUACCAUCAAAAAAAACAAAAUUUGACAGAAAUCACAAUGUCGAAUACUUCACUGGCACACGUGCAGUGGAUGCUCUAUUGGAAAACUCCCCAUGGAGCAAAUCUAAAUUUGAAACACGCGAGCAGGUCACAGAAUUCCUCGAUUUGAUGUUACGGCAUAAAUUCUUUCAUAGAGCAAAAAAAGUAGUAAUUUCUGAAGAAGAAUUAUGUAAAAUACGUGGAAUAAAGAAAAAAGUUAAAGAAAUUAAGAAAGAGAAGAAACCUACUGAAAAAGAGAAGGAGGAGUCCAAGAAGAAUAAAGAUGCAACAACUGGAAAAGAUAUUGAAGACAAAAGUGAAGAGAAAAAGAAAAAACCAAAAGUACGACUAGAAAUGCACAUGGAACAAUAUUUUGUGGAUUGCAAUGAUGCUUAUGUUUGGAUAUAUGAGCCAAUUCCAGUGUACUACUGGUUUUUUGGAACACUUGUAGUGUUAGGUGCAAUUGGUCUCUGUCUGUUUCCAUUGUGGCCAUCAACGAUCCGUCUUGGUGUAUAUUAUAUAAGCGUUGCAGCUGCUGGAUUCCUUGUAUUCAUUUUGGCAUUAGCGAUUAUUAGAUUAAUUGUGUUUUGCCUUCUUUGGGUUCCAACACUUGGUAGAUGUCAUCUUUGGUUUCUGCCCAAUUUGACAGCAGAUGUUGGAUUCUUUGCUUCAUUUUGGCCCCUCUAUCAAUACGAUUACUAUGGUUUCACGUCUGAAUCUGAUAAAAAACUAAAAAAGAAAAGAAAGAAGGAGAAAGAUUUUGAUUCCGACGAGGCAACAUCAACUAACUCGGAAGAUAAAUCUAGUACAAAAGAAUUACAUUCAGAAUAUACUCAAAGUGAAGAAAUUACACCUAGCGACGAGAAGAAGCUUCCUUCAACCGAAUCGGCAGAGGGUGAAGAAGGCAGUGAAAGUUCAGAAAGUGAAAAGUCAAAUACAGGUCGGGAUUUUGUGAUGCUUUAGAACAGGAAUUUUUGGCAAUAAAUAGAUUCCCUUUAUUUCCACCAACUGCCGUGUCAAUCAAUGAUUAAUUCUUGUCUAUUCUGAUGAAGUAUUAUCUAGAUCCAUACACAUAAGUCAAGCAUUUAUGUGUUGUUGUUAAAUUUUUGAAACAUGUACGGUUUGUUUUGUUAAAAAAUAAGCAGGAUUUUAAUAUUAGUCAAUCACGGCAGGAAACGAGAAAACGGUACAUCAAUUUAGCAAACACAAUUCGCUUAUUGCUGAUACCAAUAUCUUUGCAUUUCUUGCAUUUAGACUGCUAUAGUCAAGUAAACAAGAUGGUACGUAUAUUUUACAGAAAUGAAAUUUUUGUAAACUGUGGUAUAAUAAUGCCAACUUUGAGAUUCCAGAAGUAUGCGUAUUUUUAUUUAAUUGAUCAAUAAUCGACAUUUGUUUAGAUAUUUACAUGAUACUUGUAAGAAUUAUUUUGUGGAAAUGUAUAAUUAUGUUAAUAUAGGUGCCUGAGAUUUUCCUGCAUCAGUUGCAAGCUGUUUUUAACAUUUUACAUUGUAUGAUAUUGUAUUCCGCCAUAAUUACUAUAAAAUUUCAGUAACAUGGUUUUCUCAGGUUUCAUAAAUGUACAGAACUGGUCAAAUAGAAUCUCCAUGAACAAGACUAAAAUUAUUUCCACCAAUUGUUACUUUGUCUGCGAGUUCCUUUUCAGUAGAACUAAAACUUCAUAUUUCACAGAUUUAAUAUAACAAAUUGUAAUUUAUAUUUUUAUGUAAACUGUCCAACUAUAAUAAUUAUUAUUGUAUUAAUAACAUUAUUACGGUAUCUCAUUUUAAUCAUUGCAGGCACGCUGAAUAGUCAAAAUCGUAUACGUAUUUUUUUUUUACCAUUCACCAAAUGGUAUGCAAAAUAUUUAUAAACAUUAGAAACAUAAUCAAGAAGUUUAUGAUCGGACAAAGUGCAGUACUAUUUAAUGUUACAAAUAUCAAAGAUUCGAUUCAUCCAGCUAAUA